AUGGAAGGCCGCGACCCCGCGGCCAAUGUUGAAAAAACAGCUCAAUCUCGGUCUUCUGCGCCGAGGGUCCGCUUGAGCUGUGAAGCAUGUCGCCAACGAAAAGUGAAAUGCGACAAGCUGAGCCCAUGCACCAGCUGUCAGCGACUGGGUUUUAGAUGUGUUCCUGUAGAGCGAGCCCGUCUACCGCGAGGUCGCACACGCAAGGCACCCGAGCGAGCUGCUGGCUCGGACAAGGAACUCGCGGAUCGAGUCGCAAAGCUCGAGCAACUUUUGCGGCGGGUAGCCACAGAGCGGGAUGCUCCAUCUUUGCCUCAGCCGGAGCUUCACGAUGCCCCAUUUUCCAAUACACCUACACCGGAACAUAACCUUGACCCGGACGUCGUCCCCGAUGCGGAAACCUGGAGUCAUCAAAAUGUCCAGGCUGCCCAGCUGGGUGACUUUCAACCAUCCACAAUGACGAAUCUGCCUCAUCGACCUCGUCCAUCAACAUCUUACUUAGGCAGCUCAUUUUGGGAGGAUAUCAUGCACCAGACGCAAGAGUUGCGGACGGUGCUUGAUAGCCGCGUUGAAAACGACCAACUUGAAUUCAAAAGUCCGACUGGCUUUGGUUCUGCCUUUGUUAACUCCGAGGGCUCGGAGAGUGUCUCGAAUUCACCCCAAUCAUUAAGAGGGAUCAACAUCUCACCACAGACCCGUCGCACUUUGUGUGAAAUUUAUCUUCGAAAUGUGGACCCGUUAUUCAAAGUCCUACAUCGACCUUCAUUACGAGCAUUUCUUCAUGACGACCUAUCUUAUCUUGACUAUGAGCCUGAUCAUCAAGCCCCCGCCACGUUGGCAUUCGCCGUUUUUUCUGCCGCUGUUUGCACCAUCGACGAUUCUCAGUGCCAGCUGCUUUUUGGUAUAGAUAAGCAAAGUGCAUUUGCCGACCUUCAAAAGGAAACAGAAGCCGCAUUGGUCAAGGCGGAUUUUGUGACCACCAAUGAUUUGACUGUAUUGCAAGCUUUUGUGAUCUCACUGCUCGCGGCUCGUUGUCAAGACCAAAGCCGACGAGUGUGGACAAUGUUGAGCAUGGCUCUUCGAGUAGCUCAAGCACAGUGUCUUCACAUGACCGAUCCACCAUUUCGGGUCAGCCCAUUCGAGCAAGAAAUUCGUCGGCGUUGUUGGCAGAGUAUCGGGAUGCUUGAUAUCGCAGCUUCAUUAGACAGGGCAUCUGAGCCAAUGAUGCAAGCUGCUUGGCUAGAAGCACUUCCUCCAUCAAACAUAAAUGACGAAGAUAUCUGGUUCGACAUGGAGGGACCGGUUCAAGAACCGCCGGAGGGGACCUUCACCGAUUUGACACUCCCAUUAAUUAUCACAGCAGCCCAGUCUGUUUGUCGAUCCGUUGCAUUUGCCGAUUUCAUGGAAGCUUCGGUAAAGUCAAUGAGUGUCCGCCAACAAAUCUUAUCCGACUUCCAGCAUACAGCUUCCACUCUCUUGAUGGGAUGUCGCCCAGAUCUCCAUACCUUUCAUCUAUACGCAAAACGCACUACAAGUUCAAUUCACGGAUGGCUACAACUUGGCUGUCUCCGCCCGUUGCAACGAAGCACAAACUUCACGCCACCCUUCGUCCAGGGUGAUGUACUUCUCAAACUGGCUGCUGAGAAUCUCCAGAUGUCAUCAGAAGUCUACUCCAACCCAGUCAUGUCGCAAUGGUCAUGGUUCGGAUCAAUGUGGGUCCCGUGGCAUGGCCUCGCAGUAGCACUUGCAGAGUUGUGCGUCUGCAAAGACCCGGAGACUAUGUCUAAAUAUUGGCCCGUGGUGGAUCAAAUGUACCAACGAACAAGUUAUAUCAUUGCAGAUUCACAGCACGGAAUGCUGUGGCGACCUUUGGAAAAAUUGAUGAACCAAGCAAUAACCCGAAAACAUGAGCUACUAGGUGGCCCGGGACUCAAUGAUGCUAUCAACCAAGUGUCUUUAAGUGGAGGCAUUGCUGCUGAUCCUGGUCAAUCUAUGAGCACCCAUCCAUUGGCUGAUUUCUCAUUGGAAGUUAUGGGGGCCAUGGCUCCUAACCAGCAAAUUAAUACGUCCAUGGCAUUGCCAACAAAUAUGGGAUUUGAAUCCGAAUUUGAAACAUGGCCCAGUGUUUGGGAUGCAAUGGAUUUGAGUUCCAGUGCGACCCAGGGCUGUGACGUGGCCUGGGCUAGCUAUAACAACUUCAUCGGGGACGUGUAUGAUAGUGUGGACUCCAUGUUCCUGCCACGAUGA